AUGAAGUACACUUUUAUAGCAUUGCAUAUUCUGUUGUUUUCCGUUGGUGGAAUUGAUUCGCAACAACAAAGUUCGAGUGGAACCAAUAAUACAAAUCCUGAAGGUGGUGAUGUAGUAAAAUCUAGUACAAAAUUAUUUUCAAAUUCAGUUUUAUUUAAAACUCGUAAACAUAUACAUGUUUUACCACUUCCUUGUCCAUACGAAUCACGUGGACAUUCAUCAACUAACACAUGGCUAUCACAUAAAGUCGAUCGUUUAUCAGAGAUCAUGGAUAAUUUUACAAAUAUCAUUAAAGAAGUAGUAGCAACGAAUUUCAAUCGCCGUUUUAUCGAAUAUAAAACGUUUCAAAAUCUUCGAAGACAACAAAAAGAACUGCUAGAUGAAGCACGAUUAAAUGCAAGUGAAUUACGAUUCAUUCAACAACUAACUGAAAAGUUCGAUCAAUUUCAAAAUUCAACAAAUGUCCAUGACAAAGAAAUUAUUAAAAAACUAGAUGAAAAUGCAAAUUCAUUGAAAGAUUUGAUUCGACCAUCUUUACUUCGAGAAGGUGGUAUAAGUUUAAACCACAAACUUCCAUAUCGUUCGAAAAUCGGACAAGUUCUUGGAAGUUUUCACAAACAGUUGUUGUGGAAAUAUGCACGAGAUCGGUAUCAAAUAGUCAUUAACACGCUAGUUGCGCAUCCAUCGCAAUGUAGUGUUUAUACAACAAUUAGUGAUUCAACGCGGUUAAUAUCAUCUCGUGGUGGAACAGUUUGUGAUCGAUUAUUUUUCAAUACUACGAUUGUCACAUAUGUACGAUUUACACCAUCCGGUGGUAAACAAAUAGCCACAUCAGUUCCGAAUAUGGAUCGAUGUAAUACACACGCUCCAGGUUGGACAAAUGCCACAUAUCCAGCACUUGCUGGUCAAACAGUAAAUGCAGUUGUUUGUUACCGAUAUAAAAAUAAUACAUGUAAUUGGUUUAAUAUGAUAACAAUAACAAAUUGUAACAGCUUUUAUGUAUUUGGAUUAAUUGCACCACCAAACUGUAGUUUACGUUAUUGCACAGAAAAAUAG